UGAAAAUGGAAAGGUGCCACACCGACUGCGGCGGUCUUUAAUAAUUUUACUCAGGCAUAUCCAGAGACGGCUCAUUACAGGAGUUACUAGAUUGCUGAGAGAUCAACGGUAACGUUAUGCCAGCACGGCACUGCUAGCACCAGACUGCUGCAGCGUUAAAUAUUUGUGCAUCAGGAAUUUGUGCAUCUGUUUGUCUAAUGGAGACCGAUAUUCUGGACUCCCUUGAAGAUUUGGGGUACCAGGGGCCCGUGCUGGAAGAUGGAUCCCUGGAUGCAGCGGUGAGUGGAGGAGCCGAAUCCCCUGAGUUCACCAAGCUCUGUGCCUGGAUCGUGUCCGAACUGAAGGUCUACUGCAAACUGGAGGAGAAUGUGCACGCCACCAACUGCCCCAGUGAGGCGGAGGGCUUUCAGCUGGAGGUGAGUGGACUUCUGGCAGAGCUGGCAUGUCCAUACACUGCCCUGACCUCAGGAGAUGCCACCCAAAGGCUCCUCAACAAAUCCAACUGCUUACUACUCUUAACUUUCCUGAUCUCAGAACUAGAAGCCUCCAGGAUGGUGCUGAUAAACCAGCCGCAGAAGAAGGUGGAGGAGUCAGGCGGCAGUGAUGUCUUCAUGGAGCUGAAGGGCAUCUGUGUAGGCCUUGGCAUGUCCAAGCCCCCUGCCAACAUCACCAUGUUCCAGUUCUUUAGCGGGAUCGAGAAAAAGCUGAAAGAAGCUAUGUCCAAAGUGCCCCCCAACCAUGUCGGAGCUCCUCUGUUGAAGAAACCACUAGGACCAGUUCACUGGGAGAAAAUUGAAGCAAUCAACCAAGCUCUUGUGAAUGAGUAUGACGUUAGAAGGAAGAUGUUGCUGAAGCGUCUGGAUGUGACGGUGCAGUCAUUUGGGUGGUCAGAACGGGCUAAGACACACUCUGAAAAAUUGGCUAAAGUCUAUCAACCAUUGCGUGCAGCUCUGAAUGCAAAGACUGUCGUGUCUGUGGCUCACCUCUAUGCAGCACGAAUAGACCUGUCAAAAAUUAUGCGCACCAGCAGUGGAAGGAUCAGAGAGAAGACUGCUUGUGCCAUCAAUAAGAUUCUGAUGGGCCGUGUGCCUGACAGAGGUGGGAGACCCUACGAGAUCGAGCCACCACCCCCGGAGAUGCCCUCGUGGCAGAAGAGGCAGGAUGGUCCGUCUGGUGGCUUUGGCGGUGGGCAGCAUUACGGAGGAGGGGGCAGAGGCGGGGGUGGUGGUGGCAGAGGUGGCUAUGACCAGCACUCCCAUGGUGGGAGAGGAGGAGGGGGUUAUGAGCAGCGCGGAGGUUAUGAUAGGGGAGGAAGGGGAGGAGGCAGAGGGGGCAAAGUUCAGGGUGGCUGGUCAGAUGGUGGAGGUGGUGGUGGAGGCCAUCAUGGUCACUACCAAGAUGGACAUGGAGGGGGUCAUCAGGUGGGAGGGGGGAGAGGGGGUUAUGGAGGAGGAGGAAGAGGAGGAGGAGGAGGAGGAGGAGGAGGUGGGGGAUACCAAGGCUAUCAAGGAGGUCCAAACUAUCCUGGAGGUGGAGGUUACCAAGGUGGAGGCGGACACCAAGGUGGAGCCUACCAGCACGACAACCACCAUCAAGACGGGGGCCGCCACCAGGAGAGAGGGGGCCGGAGCGGACGCGGUGGCCGAGGAAGGGGAGGCCGCGGCGGGGGAGAAGGCUGGGGCGGCAGAGGCGGCCAGAACUACAACCAGGGCGGACAGUUUGAACAGUUCUUUCAGCACGGAGGCCAUCAGUACAACCAGGCGGGCUUUGGCCAGGGCUACUACACGAGCUGAGACCGCCCAAGGCAGGUCACCACAGCAGGGUUUGCGCAGCAGUGGCUCUGGAGCUGGGAUGAGCACAAAGAGAAGAGGGACACGACGCGUACGUGAGGGGGACGGGUGUCAUUUUCAAGCUCAGCACUGCUCGUUCACAUCCUUGAGCGACGCGAUGGGGAGCUUGAAGGCAGGCCGUGGCCGCUUUGGUUUUCAGGCGCCGUCUUUUGUGUUGUUGGUUGCCGCCUACUGAAAGAAAGUCAAUUCCCAUCUGAUAGCUCACCAGACUAUUUAGGCUCAGUGUGUGUAUGUGUGUGUGUGUGUGCACGUGUGCGCACUGCGAAACCAUUAAUGUGCCAUAUUAAGGGGAUUUUUGCUGGGUUGAGCUUGAACAGAGCGGCCCAGACCUAUCCCACUGGGUGAACCAGGCUGUGUUGACCACGAUGAAGACAAAGCCUUAUUACAGAGAUUAGUUGGAGGUGGAGAUCUUUUGAAGGGGUCUUGCUAUUUCAGUGUUGCAUAUGACGUCACACAUUAUUCUACCUUGACAAAACAAACAGAAGCUCUCAUGGGUCGUACUAUUUUCAUUGAACAAAGGUGAAAGACCUUUUUUUGUUAAGCACUAGUUUACAUUUUCCCCCUCAAACAGUUGUUUUGUUUCAAAUUGAGUUGUGGCUAACUAAAAUAUGAAUGUUCUUUUAUUGUUUGCAGACAAUCUGACCACCAUUUCUGUUACUUAAAUUUAAUGACAUUCAAAUAGGCCACCCAAAGCUGCUUUGUUAUGUACAUAAUAUGGAAAUGACUGCUUGGAAGUGGGAAUGAAAAAAGAGAGAAGAGAAAUAAAGAAAUGUGUGUAAAUUCAA